CAGAUCUACCCUGUGACGGCCGAAAACUCCUGCACGAGCUGGUUGGCAGAGGGAACUCCUGAACCACGCGAGUAAUAACCAUAGACAGUAUAUGGUAAUAAACCUUCCUCCGUAACACACCGCUGUUACAGGGAAACCGGUCUGUCUUCUUCUUCUCUUAUUUAAUGGCGGAUUGCAAACAACUUUUAGGUGCAUAAACCGGUCUGUUUGAGAACACCGUAGUCAUGGACGGUUCUAUUAAAACAGCAAUUACAUAUUCCGAGGGAGUGAAAGAAGAUUUAGAAGUAGGUAAAGCGGCUGCUUCUGUUCAAGGCUCCGGUGAUAGCCGCGGCUCCUGCCUGAAGAACAUGCGUUGCUUCAUCCCGCCGGACUACCGGCAUGAGCUGGUACAACUUUUCAAGUUAGCGGGACCAGUGAUCAUUUCCCAGUUGAUGGUCUUUAUGAUCAGUUUCGUCAGCACUGUGUUCUGUGGUCACCUGGGGAAAACUGAACUUGCAGCAGUGGCAUUAGCAAUUUCGGUGGUUAAUGUCACCGGUAUUUCCAUUGGCACUGGUUUGUCGUUAACUUGUGAUACCCUCAUAUCUCAGACGUAUGGGAGCGGUAACUUGAAGCGUGUGGGUGUUAUUCUCCAGAGGGGGGUUCUGAUUCUGCUGCUGGCCUGUUUCCCCUGCUGGGCUAUCCUCAUCAACACUGAACCUCUCCUACUGGCUGUCAAACAGAGCCCAGAGGUUGCCAGUAUCGCCCAGCUGUAUGUGAAGAUCUUCAUGCCUGCUCUGCCGGCUGCCUUUAUGUACCAGCUGCAAGGGAGGUAUCUUCAAAACCAGGGAAUUAUAUGGCCUCAGGUUGUGGCAGGAGUGAUCGCAAAUAUCCUCAACGCAAUCAUCAACUACGUCUUCCUCUACUGUCUGGAUUUGGGCGUUGCUGGAUCUGCUGCAGCCAAUGCUAUCUCACAGUAUUUGCUGGCUGUUAUCUUAUUCGCGUACAUCUGCUGCAGGGGUCUGCACAAGGCCACAUGGGGAGGUUGGACACUGGACUGUCUGCAGGAGUGGGGACCCUUUGUCCAGCUGGCCAUCCCCAGUAUGCUCAUGCUUUGUCUGGAGUGGUGGAUAUUUGAAAUAGGUGGAUUUCUGGCCGGAGUGAUCAGUGAGACUGAGCUGGGAGCUCAUUCUAUACCUUAUCAGCUGGCGACCUUAGCUUACAUGUUCCCACUUGGAUUUGCUGCUGCUGCCAGUGUACGGGUUGGGAAUGCUCUUGGUGCAGGAAACACAGAGCAGGCCAAACUGUCUUCCAAAGUCCCCAUCGUUUGUGCAUUCAUAAUUGCAUGUUUCAUUGGAGCCAGCCUCAGCCUCGCCAGAAAUGUCAUAGGCUACAUCUUUACAUCAGAACAAGACAUUGUACAGAGGGUUGCUGACGUCAUGAUCAUAUUUGGCUUCAUGCAUCUUGCUGAUGCUGUUGCGGGUGUGGCUGGAGGGGUUCUCAGAGGAGCAGGGAAACAGUUGAUUGGAGCUCUGUGUAACCUGGUGGGAUACUACUUCAUUGGUUUCCCUAUUGGUGUGUCCCUAAUGUUUGCAGCAAACAUGGGCAUUGUAGGACUGUGGACGGGACUUUGCAUUUGUGUGUUGAUGCAGUCGAUUUUCUUCGUCACAUUUGUGUGCAAGCUUGAUUGGAAGAAGGCUGCUGAAGAGGCUCUUGUGAGAGCAGGAGUCCAGAUCAAAGAAGAAAAUGAGAUGGUUGAGAUGAAAGUUAAAGACUCGAAUCAGAACCAGUACCAGGUCAGCACUACUGCAUCUAGUGGUGAGAUCGCUGAGGUGGACCACGCAUAUCAGGAGGCGCAUAUUGCAGACCAGAAUAAAUCCACUACCACUACAGUGGGAAAUGUUUUGUCAGUAACACAGCUGGUUUUAUGGCGUGGCCUCAUAUUGCUGCUCAUGGUCAUCAUUCUCGUCGCUGGAAUCAUCGCAGACAUCUUCCUCACCAGGCUGCUGAAAUGAGUCAUCCAAUGAUUCAAAGCUUGUUUUCAGACUGAUGGCUGUCAGGAUCAAUAGCAUCCGUCCAUUAAACUAAAUAUAAAUGUUAACACUGAAUCACUUUGUAAUGAAAUGGUUACUGGUGCUGUUGAUCUCACUGAGGAUCAACCCCUGAGUCUGCAGCUUUGUGCACUGUUUAGCCAACAACCCUUUCAUACACUACUGGACAGCCACUUAAUGGCAGAGAGUUGAAUCAAACAAGCCAAUAGGCGUGGAAUAUCUAGCCAAUGAGACCCAGAUAUUUUUUGAGAAGUUACAAUGUACAACAGUCUGGACAGCAAUAUGAAACCAAGCCUAGUAUGGCACAUAGAGAGCGAAAAUGGCUUAAUGCAAUUUUGCAAGAAUUUCUUGAGGCAUGUUUGAUUUGCCAUAACAAGUACUAAGAGUAAGGUGCUGUAUUCUGUAUAAUAGUGAAUUUGAAUAAUUUACUAUAAUGUUAAAAGAUAUAUGUGAGGGUAUUUUUGUUGGUUUUCUUGCCUGUACUAAAUGAACAUGUUCUUAUUUAUCUUUUUAUUUUUUUUAACAUGUUCAAAAUAAAUUAAACUAUUGAACAUGCCAAGUUAAGUAGCUCAGGUAGAGUUAAAGAAGAAAAGGUUUGAAAGAUGUUUUGAUUUAAAAGAGAACCUUUUGAGAAGUUGACACACUGU